UCGUGUCCUGAAGCACAUGACAUCCUCUUCCUGUAUUUAUCCUGGUUUUGCCUGAGUUUGUUGCUUUUGUUUACAGUUUCUCCGUGAGGAAUGAAUGAAGACUUUUGAGUUUAAAAAAAGGGACAACAGGACAAUACUUUUUGUUUUUUAUUUUCUGUUCUUUAAACGAACCUUCAUUUAGAAAUGCAUUUUUUCCUGCUUGUUUUUGCCUGUGCGCUCUAUGGAUCCACCUUUGCCCUCAACAACGGACUGAUGAGGACGCCUCCCAUGGGCUGGUUAGCCUGGGAACGGUUCCGCUGCGACAUUGACUGUCAAAAUGACCCCAAAAACUGCAUCAGUGAAAAUCUGUUCAUCGACAUGGCGGACAGACUUUCAGAGGACGGCUGGAGGGAACUUGGCUACGUUUACGUCAACAUAGAUGACUGCUGGUCCUCCAUGGAGAGAGAUGGGAACGGGCGGCUGCAGCCUGACCCCAAGAGGUUUCCGGGAGGAAUCCAUAAGCUGGCUCGCUACAUGCAUGACAGAGGUCUGAAGCUGGGCAUCUACGGGGACAUGGGCACCCACACAUGCGGGGGGUAUCCUGGCACCACGCUGGAUAAAAUCCAAAUCGACGCGCAGACCUUUGCCGACUGGGAGGUGGAUAUGCUUAAAUUUGACGGCUGUUAUUCCAACUUCACCGAGCAGGAGCAGGGUUACCCCCUCAUGUCCAAGGCUUUAAACGCCACGGGCCGUCCCAUUGGCUACUCCUGCAGUUGGCCUGCCUACUGUGGUGGACUCCCACCGAAGGUAAAUUACACUCAACUUGGCGAGAUCUGCAACCUGUGGCGUAACUAUGACGAUAUCCAGGACUCUUGGGACAGUGUGCUGACCAUCGUAGACUGGUUCUUUGAUAACCAGGAUGUCCUACAACCUGCAGCGGGACCUGGGAGGUGGAACGACCCCGAUAUGCUGCUCAUUGGUGACUUUGGCCUCAGCUUGGACCAGUCUCGUUCUCAAAUGGCGAUCUGGGCAAUCAUGGCCGCUCCUCUUUUCAUGUCCAAUGACCUUCGCACCAUCAGCAGUGAAGCUCGGAACAUCCUGCAGAACAAGAUGGUCAUCAGCAUCAACCAGGACCCCAUGGGGAUGGCGGGAAGACGCAUUUUGAAGGAGAAAAGUGGCAUCGAGGUGUUCUGGCGCCCGCUGUCCGACAAUGCUAGCGCCUUGGUGUUCCUCAGCAGGCGCACUGACAUGCCCUAUCGCUACACAUCCUCCCUGCGCCAGCUCAACUUCACCGCAGGCAGCUACAAGAUCGUCGACGUGUUUACAGGGAAGAUGGCCUCCCUCAAAGACUCCACAGACUUUGUGGUGUCGGUGAACCCCACAGGCGUGGUCAUGUGGUACGUCUCUGCGCCAGCGAGAGCAAACCUCUACCACCUCCGGAGAGGCCAGGAAGUCCAUGGAUUUGCCGAGGAGAGCAAUAGUCCUCAUAUUUUCCUUUGAACGUUUCUCUACUUAACAUCACUUUUUCUCCUGUUUGCUGAAAGAAAAUGAAAAUAUUUGAACACUCUCAAAUCCUUUACAGCUGGCUUUUCUUCUCUGCCACUUUGUGCAAAUUAGUUUUUUUUUUUUUUUACACUGAAGUACUUUUGAUUUUUUAAAAUAUUUUUUGCCUUUGUUUUCACAGUUAAACUUAACUCAGGAAUAGGAAUCAAUAUUUUUAAAUAAAUAAUGUGAAAAUGUAAUCAGGCUUCAGAAGUUUGAGGUGAAUGUCGCUGCUGAUACUGCGGUUUUUUACAGAAUGAUUUUUGUAAUC